GGCGUCAACCCGGAGCACUUCUAUAGUCGCAUGCGGCCGUAUUUGCCCCUCCUACAGCUUAUUAAGCGGGACGUCCCUUCAGCAGCAGACGAGACGGCUUCGUCUGCCGUGUUCGACAUCCCGGUUAAUCUGCUGCUUCAUCGUACCAUGCAGAUCGAGUCAGAAACAGCUCUGUCGGAGACCCAUCCGGGCGGGAAGCUCUUGCGCGGAGAAGAGAUCGAAGCUAAUUCUCUCACGAGCGAACACGUCAACUGCGUGCCUACACGGCGCGAGGGAAACGUGAUGAACUCCAAUCACAAUGGCGCUCUCGCAAAAUCUACGCCGUUCUUCGGGUUUGACGGCAUACGAGCAAGCGUGUGUGGGAGAAAAGUAUACGUUCACGACUGCUGCGCGUGCGAGGUCGGGGGGGUGCUUACCCUAGGUCGGUUGAUGGAGAUUUUCUACGAUGAUGUACGCCGUUUGGUGCUAGUAACCGUACGGCUGUUCAGGACGGCGGCCGAGGUGCGGGGCGUGGGCGAAGAGGAGAGACGAGGAGGGUUGUUGCGAGUGUGGGAGGACUGCUCCCCCGGCAGCGGUGUGGAGUUGGAAGCUGCCAAGGUUCUGGGCUUGGUGGAGAUGGAGACGCCGCAGAACAGAAGUGGGGACGGCGGGCACCCCUUCCCUUGGGACCGCUUUUACGCGGAAGGGUUUGUAACAGCGGCCGGCACUAAACGCCGUCACCAGGGCGACGCCAUGCCGAAACCGUUCAAAGUGUCCGAGGCGCCCUGGCACGCGGAGGGGACGACCGAUAAGCCGCUCUUUGGGGUGAGACAUCAAGGCGUACACCUCAACGACAUGAAUCUUGCCUUCUACUCCGCUCCUGUGGUGUUCAGCUGCGAUGCGUUCAACGCCUGGGGGUUGGGAAACAAGCAUUCCAUUGGAGGCUCCUACUUUGGCUGGGGUUGGCGAAGCCAAGCGGUGCAACGAUUGAAAAAUCAGACGCACGUCGGGACGCUCGCGACUCCCGGAGCACGCAGUGAAGGGGAGAAUGGUCUACAAUGCGAAAUACUUGGACUGCUACAGCAAGGGUGUCUUGGGCGGCGUGUCCUCAGAGACGAGCAAGGGGCGAGAUCGGAGGAAGAGGUGUUUGUGCGUGGUGGUCUGUUGCUGAUGUGUGGGGAUGGACCCGGGCGCUCGAAAUGCCUAGGCACGAAGGCUCCGAACAACUUUUCCAAGUUCCCCUGCUCCUAUUGCAUGGUGAGCCAUGGCGACGACGAAACCGGCGGGGAUGUCGGCAACCCUCAGUUCGACAUCGACAAGCACCGGCGCACUUGGGGCCGGACGAUGGACGGCUUCUCCGAGCUGGAAGCGCUUGCGGAUGAUCCCCUCCAACAGGAGGAACGCUCGAAAGAGUUGGGUCUGGUUGCACCGAACGCGUCCGGACUCAAGUUACCUCGGUACCAUGCCAUGCGCAUUGUUCCGGGGGACCACGUACCCGUCGAGCGUCUGCACUUCGACGCGCUGGUGAGCGAGCAUGAUGUUUAUCCUGCGUGUGAGAGACCAGCUGGACUCACCCCUUUUGACCAAAACCUGGAACUAGAGAUGCUAUGA